UACCUUCAUUUUCAAAAAAGAAAUUUGGAAAGGGCCUUUCCUUGUCUAGAUAGAUUUGCAUGUCCACAUGUUUUCCCUUUUACACAGUAAUUAGGGCCAUUAAUACUUUGACACUGUGCUUCCACUUAUAAAAUUAGAAAAUCUAAUCGUUGCUUGCAUGCAUUGUUGUAUUGUUAAAAGAAAGUUUUGAUUCUUACUGUUUUGGCUCCAGCAAUGGAUGAAGUGAGGCGGGGCAUCUCGGUCCUGUUUCCAUUCACCAACACACACACCCGGCUACCCCAAUACUCACGUGUACGUCUGUGCAACAUAAAAAGACUGGUUAGCGUCCGAGCAAACAUAUUUCACAUUCACACAGCUGUCAGAGCCACAAGACUGAAGUGCGCGAAAUAUUUGUCCCCAUAGGAACUAAGCGUUGAGUGUGUGGAGGAAAGAUGACCGUGGACAGAAAGAUGAGCUCCUCCGAAGACAGUGCGCCAAGUGGUCACCUAAAGACGCCUGCCACGGUGGAGGCAAGGGGGCACUGGGGAAGCAAAGCCGAGUUCAUCCUGACCGUGAUGGGCGCGAUCAUCGGCCCCGGGAACGUGUGGAGGUUCCCCUAUCUGUGCUACAAGAACGGAGGAGGUGUGUUCUUCAUCCCGUACAUCCUGUUCAUAUUCACAUGCGGAAUCCCGUUAUUCUUCCUGGAGACCUCCUUGGGACAGUACACCAGCCAGGGGGGGAUCACUUGUUGGAGGAGGAUUUGUCCACUUUUCCAAGGCAUGGGCUAUGCAAGUACCUUAAUCAUCGUAUUCAGUGCAACCUCUUAUAUUACCAUCCUGGCCUGGGCGUUCUUUUACCUCUUCUCAUCCUUCAGUGCCGAGUUGCCUUGGGCCACAUGUGGGAACUACUGGAACACAGACUCGUGCUUGGACGUCAACAAUCGGAAUUUCAGUGUGGAAGCAAGACUGAACAGCACUCUUCCGGUUGUGGAGUUCUGGCAGCGUCGGGUUUUAAACAUCUCUGGUGGCAUCGAGGAGAUGGGCAGCUUGAGGUGGGAACUGGCCCUGUGCCUCCUCCUGAGCUGGGUCAUCUGCUACUUUUGCAUUUGGAAGGGCAUCAAGUCAACGGGAAAGGCAGCCUACUUCACAGCCACCUUCCCCUACAUUAUGCUGUUGAUUUUACUCAUACGUGGUGUUACCCUACCCGGAGCAAAAGACGGGAUUAUUUACUACCUUUACCCUGAUAUCUCUCGCCUUGCAGAUGCCCAGGUGUGGAUGGAUGCCGGCACUCAGAUCUUCUUCUCUUACGCCGUCGGCCUUGGUUUCCUCACCUCUCUUGGGAGUUACAACACUUACAACAACAACUGCUACAGGGACUGUUUUUAUCUGUGUCUGCUGAACAGUGCCACCAGUGUUGUGGCAGGAUUUGCCAUUUUCUCCGUUUUGGGUUAUAUGACAUAUGAACAAGGAGUGGAUAUUUCUGAAGUGGCAGAAUCAGGCCCAGGGUUGGCCUUCAUUGUCUACCCACGAGCUGUAGCCACGAUGCCCAUGCCUCAGUUGUGGUCAGUGUGUUUCUUCCUCAUGAUCAUUCUGCUUGGACUAGAUAGUGAGUUUGUUGGUCUGGAGUGUCUGAUGACCUCCCUAUGUGAUAUGUUCCCUACUUACCUGCGCCGAGGCUUUAGACGUGAACUGCUUCUGCUGGGUAUCUGCAGUACCUGCUGUUUGCUGGGAUUCUCUUUGGUCACUGAGGGGGGAAUGUACCUGCUCCAGCUUUUAGACCAUCAUGUCUGCAGUGGCAGCACUUUGCUCCUUCUCUCCUUGAGUCAGUCUCUCAGCAUUGCCUGGGUCUAUGGUGCAGAUCGUUUUUAUGGCAACAUCGCAGACAUGAUUGGCUAUCGGCCACACUCCUUCAUGAAGUACUGCUGGUGUUACAUCACUCCCUUCAUCUGUGUUGGCACGUUCAUCUUCUCCAUUGUGAAACGUUCUCCACUGAAGUUCAGUAACAGCUAUGUUUAUCCACUCUGGGCAAACAUCUUGGGCUGGUUCAUUGCCACGAUUUCCCUCUCCCUCAUCCCGCUGUUUGUGAUACUUAAAUUAAUCCAAGGGAAAGGCACUCUCAAACAGCGUUUCUUACUGCUCUGUAAACCCAUAGAUGACCUGCCAUUGGAUCAGCACUGUCCUCCUGCACUGGGAACAAAUGACUUCACUGUCCAUACAGAUCUACAACCUUUAAACCACAUUAGAGAACUCACUCAGUGAACACAAAUAAGUUCUUCUGCAGAGGGGUGCAGUCGAACUUAGUGUGUGGCCUUCUGGGCCUGCAUUCAUCAACUGUCAAAAAAUGUAUUAGUCCAUGGGCCAGACCAGAUAUUGGUACCAUCUCAGGUGACCAAACCUAAGUGGUACUAAAAUGUACUUUCUUUUCAUGCUUAUUUGUUUUGGUCGAUUUAAGUCUUGUUUUGUUAUUUUGUGUCUCGCUUCUGUCGUUUUGUGUCUCGCUUCUGUCGUUUUGUGUCUUGUUUUUGUCAAUUUGUGUCUCGUUUUGUGUCAAGUUUCGUCUCGUUUUGUGUCAAGUUUCGUCUCGUUUUGUGUCAAGUUUCGUCUCGUUUUGUGUCUUGUUUUUGUCACAUUGUUACCAUAGCAACGAAAUACUUCUCAGCCUCAGGUUUGUUUUAGUAUUGUUCUGUGUUAUUAACACAGAUGAUGUGUGGCACUUCUUAUUUUUUCAUAAUGAGGAAUAAUCCUAUCGAAUUUGACUUUUGGCUCAGAUCUUUUCAUUGUGUCCAUUAAACGAGUGAUAACAGAUAUUAAGCUGUGAAGCUGCAACAGCUAUCAUAUCAAAAUGCAAACUAGAGACAUAUUAAAAACACAAAAAAGAAUUGGUCACCCUUGAGCGGUACCGAUACUGGAUAUUUUGGGUCCAGGCCCAUGGACUAAUAGAUAAGAAUGCUCUAAAGACAAAAGUAUGUGGGAGAAGUUGAUCGAGCACAAGAAUGUUACCUACAGCUGCCACAUUUUACAUUUCUUUCAAGAAAUCUUGCACCUUUCUUUGACGUAUUUUAUUCUAUUACACCAUAUGAUUUAAAUGUUUUAAUGUAGUUUAAUUUCAAUCAGUCAAUCAAUCACAGUUUCUUUAGCCUUUUACAACAAAGUGCUUCAAUUUGUGCUGGGAAUGUUUCAUAUGUUCUAUAAUAAUCAUGGCAUUAUAGCUUAUAUAAUUAUAUUUUAUUGAUAAAAUAAAAGCUAUUAUCAAAGGAAGUAGCAAAGAUUAGUAAGGAUGAAGUGAGGAGGACAUUGAAGAGGAUGAAGAGUGGAAAGGCACUUGGUCCUGAUGAUAUACCUGUGGAGGUAUGGAAGUGUCUCGGAGAGGUAGCAGUAGAGUUUUUGACUGGGUUUUUCAACAGGAUCUUAAAUAGUGAGAAGAUGCCCGAGGAAUGGAGGAGAAGCGUGCUGGUGCCCAUCUUUAAGAACAAGGGAGAUGUGCAGAGUUGUGGCAACCAACUACAGAGGAAUAAAGCUGAUGAGCCACACGAUGAAGCUAUGGGAAAGAGUAGUUGAAGCUAGACUAAGGGCAGAGGUGAACAUCUGUGAGCAGCAGUAUGGUUUCAUGCCAAGAAAGAGUACAACAGAUGCAAUAUUUGCUUUGAGAAUGUUGAUAGAGAAGUACAGAGAAGGUCAGAAGGAGCUGCAUUGUGUCUUUGUAGAUCUGGAGAAAGCUUAUGACAGGGUGCCGGGUGCACGAGUGCAGGAGGCCUAGAGGAAGACCAAAGAGGAGGUUUAUGGAUGUGAUUAAAGAGGACAUGAAGGUAGUUGGUGUGAGAGAAGAGGAUGCAGCAGACAGGGCUAGAUGGAGGCAACUGAUUCGCUGUGGCGACCCCUGAAGGGAAAAGCCAUUUGUCAAUUUUGUUUGUUGCUCCUGAAGAUGAACUGUGCAGGGUUUACAGAUGCACUUUUAUUAUGAGUUUAAAGCUUACACAUCUGCUAAAAUUAUAAAUAUCAUUAUAUUGAUCACAAUCUCUUGCAUUUAAAUGUCAGUGUAUUCGUUUUUUUAGGAUCAACCUCCAGUUUUGUUUUGUUUGUUGCACUCAGGUAGCCUAGCCGCACUAGACCCAGCUCUUAAGACACAAGGGUCUAGGAAUACUCGACAGGGAGUGAGGCGGGCUCAAAGGUUGUCUUUCAAAUCACUCUGCAGCAAUUGGGUAGGUAUACAACCAAUCAGCGCAACGAAUAGGCUGACGUAGUUCCUAAGAGCGCCGGAUUGUAGCUAAGUCCCAUUAGCUUCCCAAACAGCGGAGCCAACUGGUGUAUUAAGGAUUUGCCAUAUCCCGUCGGCAUAAGUCCGAAUACGUCUUACUUCUCAAUGAAACACUUCAGUGCCGUCCUUUGUUUAUCUUUCAAGUUGAAUUGUAGUUUCAAAUCUUUAAGGGCUGUGGUCAAAGCCGAGUCGAAAGAUAACUGUUUAUUGUGCGCCGGUUGUUUCUGUCAGAAUCGUCGCGCCUCUGUCGUCACUUAGUUACGCCCGCCUUCUGACUCUACACUUCAUGGUGAUUCGUCCGGCCAGUUUUAGGAGCAUCCAACCUCGAGCCUUAUGGAGGGUAACUAGACCCACCCUGGCAGAGAAUUAAAUUCGUUGCCGUGGGUUGUAUAGCGCGGCUAGGCUAGCACUCAGGCAAAACAUUGUUAAAAUGGCUUCCUGUUUUCUUUGUUGCAUGAUAUAUAUUUGUACAUACUGUAUAUUAUUUUAGACAUUCUUUCUGUAAAUUCUUUAGCCAUGUAGCAAUCUUUAGAGUGCUGCAGUUUAUUUGGAUCUGUAUAUCAUCCACUAUGCAUCUAUGUAGUGCUGUAUGUACUUUUCAAAAUUAUAAAGAACUACACAUUCAAACUGUCUUUCCUAAAAAUUCAGUAUUGUAAUUUUCUCCUGUCCUGACAUACACACUGCGCUACGUUGGGCUUGUCUUGGAAGGAAGAUUGUUGAUUUAAGAAGUGUGUUUGUUCAUUUAAUGGUUGUUAAAGAACAGUUUUUGUCUUCUCCUGUAACUGUGGGCAAACAAAUAAACAGGGAUGGAAAAGGGUGAAAAUGAUGCA